AUGACGCAAGUCACGUGGUUCCUCGCCGAAAGCUUGGCUGGACCGGCAUCUGCUCCCUCUUUAAAACUUCAACGAGGAGAGUGCGAGUGUCUCUACAUCAUCUCCGGGUACGGCAAGCGCGAGGAGAAUGGCAAGAUACUCUACGACGUCAAGUUCAAAACUCCUGACAUCUUCCCAUUGUGCUUCAAAUUCGCGCACAACCCCGAGGUCCGCAAGUGCGCGAUUGAGGCCCACGAGGACCGACUCUCCGUGAACGCCCUCCUCCUCGGUCGCCCUCUCGAGCUCCAUAGGGAGAUCGCAGGCCUGCUCGGAUACAAGACCUGGGCUGACUACAGCACCGAGCCAAAGAUGGUCAAGAGCGGCAAGAAUGCUGAAGACUUCUUGGGCGAUCUCGAGACGAGGCUGCGCCUACUUAGCGAGAAGGAACGCGGGGCGCUGAUUCAGCUUAAGAAAGAGGUACAUGGGAAGCGCGGGCUGCCAUUCGACGGCAUAUUCAACUUCUGGGACUAUCGGUACUAUGACCACAUCUAUAUCAAGAAGACGCUCGACCUUGACGACUCGCUCAUCAAAGAAUACUUCCCUGUUGCCGUCGUCGUCGUCGUCCCCGCUAUCCUUGAAAUCUAUCAAAAACUUCUCGGCGUCCGCUUCGUCGAGGUGAAAGGAGACAAGAAAGAUGUCUGGCAUCCCUCAAUUCGCCGUCUGGGAGGCCAACGCAAAGGACGGUUCGGGUUUCGUUGGAUACUGCUACUUGGGCCUCUUCCCUCGCGAUGCCAAGUACUCGCAUGCCGCCGCCUGGCCCCUCCUCGGCCGCGCUACCCCUGAGAAACUGAACGGCCGCGCAUUUCCGCUCGCGGCCAUGGUCGCCAAUCUCGUGAAGCCAACGCCUGACCGCCCCGCUCUCAUGCGCCACGACGGCGUGACAAUGUUCUUCCACGGUCGCCUUUCGCACGCCCAGUUCUCGCAUUUGCACGGCACGUCGGUCGCACGCGAUUUCGUCGAGGCACCGAGUCAGAUGCUCGAGAAGACGGCGAGCCACUAUGUAGCGGUCACGUCUCGGUACAGCCAGAGCCGGAUGCUACAGCGUCCAGAAACCCGGACGAACUCGCUGUCGUCGCUCUAUGUGACUCGAUUAUUCCAUGCUGUUCUAUGCCCUCGUUCUAUGCCAUAUGCUCAUUGUAUUUCUCCGAUGCAAGUAGAUAUUGGCUCCGAUCCUCGUACAGUAUAUAACACUGGGUACAAUUUACCAUUUUGUCCUGAUCAAAACAAGAUCAAAUUGUGA